AUGCCGGGUUUCUCGCCCAGCCGGCCUGCAGCAACGCCACUGUCCUGUUCUCCCAGCUAUUCACAGCACGGAAGGAGGGAGCUCCGCGGGACAAGGAAGAGCGAGGGUCUGGAGUUCCGCGCUGUAGCUCCCCGGAAGCGGAACGUCCCGGCGCGACAGCAGACGCACGCCCACCUGCCCUGCACCAUACAUGUUUUUCGGAACGGGGAUCUGCUGAGCCCUCCCUUCCCUCUGCCGCUCUCCAAGAGCCCCUCGCUGCAGUGGGACGCGCUCCUGGCCACGCUGACGGAGAAAGCCGACCUGCGCAGCGGAGCUGUCGACAAGCUCUGCAGGCUGGACGGAACCCGGGUGUCUGCCGGCGAGGAGCUGGUCGAUGGCCGUUACUACGUGGCAGUGGGACACGAGGGGUACAAAAACCUGCCCUACUUGGAGCUGCUGGUGCCCCAGGAUUCUGUGCGCAGGACGCUGCGGGAGCACCCCAACAGCAGGCGCAGAACGUACCGCAGAAUGUUUGGUGAACCCCGUGCCACCUCCCGGGCCAGCGCUGGUGCCUCUGCUCUUGCUGCACCACACCAGGCCCAGCGGAAGCGCGGGAUGGACGCUUUCAGCCGGACGGUCGCAGGGCGCUGA